AUGCCGAAUGUCAAUAAUCUGCAAAAUCUCAAGCAGCUCAGCAUCACUAACUGUGCUAUAAAAAAAGUGAAUCUGACAGAGGAUCUCCUACCCAAUCUCGAAAGUUUGGAUCUUCGACAGAACCAAAUCACAACUUUGUGCGGUCUCCAUACUCUGAAAAAGUUGCAAACAUUAAGUCUGAGCCACAACCAAAUCGGGAGAUCGAUGACUGUUUAUCAGAAAGAUUUAGUCCUGCCCAAACUUUUAUUUCCCAAUUUGGUUACUCUCUUCUUAGAUCACAAUGGCAUUCGAUCUCUGGUGGAAUUUAAUUUUCAAAGCAUGCCGAUGCUAAAAUAUCUCUUCUUGCAACACAACGAGUUGCAGGACGUCAAUGGUACCGAAAAUGAUAAUUCACGAUUUCAGUGUAUCCUUCGUGUUCGAUCGAUACGAAAUACAGGGAGUGCAAGGCUGUGCGGGAUUGGAAACUUUGGUGGUGGAUCAUAA